ACGUGUCAAACUAUGUACAGUCUGAUUCAAUUUCAAGUGAUUCAGUGCAAAGCCACUUCGCUCCAGGACUCGGAGACGUUCGCGUUUCAAGACUUACACCGAUCUCGGGACUCACAAAAGCAUAUGCGGAUCCUACGAUCUACCAGUGAUCAUGCAGGGCCCGUAUAUUGGCAGGAUGGUGGUAUAUCUGUACAGACUGUUUUCACAACUGAUUCUACCAGUCUUGAUGAAGGCCAGGCCCCAAUGUGGGUGUUAGAAAAUGUAGGCAGAGCCAUGUGUUGCAACAGGGCCUCGUUUCUAUGCGUUUGUCGCAUAAUUAUUUUAUUAAUAUAUGUCACGAAUCAAUUUAUCAAUAAAACUCUCUGGAUGACAUCAUUCCAUUUACGAUAAAAAGAAAAUCAAAGUGAAAUUAGGACAGAUCAACAAGCAGUGACGCCACUUUAUUUUAUUUCCUUCAGCAGUGUGAAUAUCGGAUGAUCUUUGUGAUGAUGUCAAGU